GUUGCGUUUCGGCAUUUUUAGGCCCAAAUCUAUUGGGAAUGACAAUCUGAAUUUUGCACUUUCGAUUGAAGCGACAUUUCAAGCCGUAUAUAAAUUGUAAAUUGUCACUGUUCGAACGCAAGUAAAUACAUAGCACGCAUCCAAAAUGUCUCGCGGAAGUUCAGCCGGCUUUGACAGACACAUCACGAUCUUUUCGCCAGAGGGACGCCUUUACCAAGUGGAGUAUGCCUUCAAGGCCAUUAGCCAGGAGAACAUGACCACGGUGGCCCUGAAGAGCGGCGACUGUGCCGUAGUGGCCACCCAGAAGAAGGUGACUGAGAAGAACAUUGUGCCGGACAGUGUAACUCAUCUGUUCCGUGUGACCAGCGACAUUGGCUGCGCCAUGACUGGACGCAUAGCCGAUUCCCGCUCGCAGGUGCAAAAGGCCAGGCACGAGGCCGCCAAUUUCCGCUACAAGUACGGCUACGACAUGCCCGUGGAUGUGCUCUGCCAGCGCAUCGCCGACAUCAACCAGGUGUACACCCAGAACGCCGAGAUGCGUCCGCUCGGCUGCAGCAUGGUUUUGAUCGCCUAUGACGAUGAGAUCGGACCCAGCGUUUACAAGACCGACCCGGCCGGCUACUACAGCGGCUUCCGCGCCUGCUCCGUGGGCGCCAAGUCACUGGAGGCCAACAGCUAUCUAGAAAAGAAGUACAAGAACAACCUGUCCGAGGAGAAAGCCAUUCAGCUAGCCAUUACCUGUUUGUCCACGGUGCUGGCCAUUGACUUCAAGCCCAACGGCAUUGAGAUCGGCGUGGUCAGCAAGACAGAUCCCAAAUUCCGCAUCCUGGACGAAAGGGAAAUCGAGGAGCACCUCACCAAGAUCGCAGAGAAGGACUGAGUUCUGUCCAGUUAGCUGUAAUUUUGUCAUAUUCUAAAGCCUCUUCAUGGAACUCUGGUUAAAUACAAAAAUGCUCUUGGCUUGCAUUCAAAACAAAGGCAAAGACAACAA